AUGAUCAGAAGGCAAACGAACGACAAAAUCCCCAAUUUUCAUCAACGUUCAAGCUUAUGGAGCAAAUGCACGACUUUCAGAAAACUCAGACAAAUCCACGCGUACAUGGUCGUCAAUGGCUUCAACACGAGUAAAUUUAACGUCAGAGAACUUAUAUACGUCUCUGCUUUGGUUAUACCUUCCGGCAUUAGUUAUGCACACCAAGUGUUCGAUCAUAUCACCCAACCGGACCGCUUCAUGUGGAACACCAUGCUUAGAGGCUCAGCUCAAAGCCCCAACCCCGCGAACACCGUUUCUCUGUUCACCCAGAUGGAAAGACGCGGCAUUCAGCCUGAUCGUUACACGUUUCCGUUUGUCCUCAAGGCCUGCACAAAGCUUUCUUGGUCUAUUCUGGGAUGUGCUGUUCAUGGAAAGAUUACGAAACAUGGAUUUGACGAGAAUACAUUUGCGAAGAACACACUCAUCUAUUUUCAUGCUAAUGUCGGAGAAAUAGAGAUCGCUAGUGCCUUAUUUGAUUCUUCUGCUACCAAACAAGUUGUUGCAUGGUCAGCUUUGACUGCCGGUUACGCAAGGAGAGGAAACUUGGGUAUGGCAAGGAAGGUGUUCGACGAAAUGCCUGAGAAAGAUUUGAUUUCUUGGAACGUUAUGAUUACAGCGUAUGCAAAGAUGAGACAGAUGGAAAGCGCCAAGGCGUUAUUCACUCUGGUACCAAAUCCAGAUAUCGUGACAUGGAAUGCCAUGAUAGCAGGCUACGUAACCUCUGGUAUGCACACACAUGCACUCCAGAUGUUCGAUGAAAUGACACGUGUAGGAGAACAACCCGAUGAGGUAACAAUGUUGACCCUUGUCACAGCAUGCACAAACUCAGGCGACUUAGACAUUGGUGAGAAGAUCCAUCGUUCUGUUUUAUCCUUAGGUGGAGGGAAAUUAAGCAUUUUACUUGGAAACGCUCUUAUAGACAUGUAUGCUAAAUGUGGUGAAAUUGAUAAAGCAUUCAAGAUUUUCAACAACAUGAAGGAAAAAGUUGUAACAACAUGGAACUCCAUAAUCGGAGGCUUAGCUUUCCAUGGUGACUCAGAGGAAGCCAUUAAUGUAUUCAAAAGGAUGCGUAAAAUCAAGAUAACCCCAAAUGAGAUCACCUUUGUUGGGGUGUUAGUUGCUUGUAGCCAUGCGGGUAGGGUUCAAGAAGGUCAAGAAUAUUUCAAUCUUAUGAAAAAGGAAUACAAAAUUAAGCCAAACAUAAGGCAUUAUGGAUGCAUGGUUGAUCUUUUUGGACGUGCAGGGUUGUUAAAUGAAGCUUUUGAGUUUAUAAAUCAAAUGGAGAUUGAGCCGAAUGAUAUUAUUUGGAGGACUUUGCUUGGGGCUUGUAGAGUUCAUAAUCAUGUUGAAUUGGGUAAGAUUGCAAAUGAGAAGUUAUUGAAAUUGAGAAAAGGUGAAAGUGGUGAUUAUGUGUUGUUAUCGAAUAUAUAUGCUUCACAAGGUGAGUGGGGUGGAGCUGAGAAGUUGAGAAAGGUGAUGGAUGAUAAAGGAGUGAGGAAAGAGGCUGCAAGUAGUUUAGUUGAUGCGGAUGAAAGGAUGCUCAUGCGUUUCUUAUUUGACUCAAAACCUCAAAUGGAAGUCGAUAAGUUUAAGACAAAAGUUCAUAUGAAAUCUUUUGAUGUGAAGUAG